CAGGCACCAUGAAAUAACUGGAGGCGGGUCUCAGCGGGGUUUGCGAACGGGAGGCGGACUUGACUGCAGUAAACAAAAGGAGUUGAAAGAAGUUGACAUGUGGGACUCAUGAAGCGGAACACAAGGAUAUGACAGUUACUGAUGCUGCUGCCAUGCCGUCAGUGCUGGGAUCCGAAAAUCAAAAGUCUCAGACAUCUGGUCCAUCUCCACCGUGUGCCCUUUGGCCGGUGGACCUCAAGUUAACUCACUUGGACUGGAACCCUGAGGCAACCCUGAUACACUUCCAGGGACAGUACCUUACCAUAUGUGAACUUGACUAUAACAUCCUGCAAGGAGAAAUACAGAACAUACCAAAGACUAAAGCUGCAGUGAAUAUCGGAGAGUUAUGCCUUGUAGAGGAUUUGGCUUCAGCCCGCUGGUACAGAGGAAGAGUUCAGAACCGGAGAGAGGACUUGUUUGAUGUUUUCCUCAUAGAUCAUGGUAAUGUCUUGAGUGUAGACAUCGCCAACAUAUCUUCCGUUUCAAGCGACCUGUUCAUCCUACCUCCCAAGAUAGUUUGUGGGUUUCUUGCAAAUGUACUGCUGCUUCAAGGUUGUCCUCAUUCUGUCGGCGAGGAGUACUUAUCAAGCCUGAUUGGAAGAAAUGUCACGGGUUAUAUCCAAGCCCUGCUGCCCCACAAAGUGCUCUUGUUGGAAACCCCUGACAUCAACAAUGACCUUGUCAGACAUGGGUUUGGGAGGCAUGUGGACACGGAUACAUUCCUCCUCUUGGUUGAGAUGCUUGCUGAAGUUCCACUCAAACAAAAUGUGGAGCCAGUUCCUGACUUGCUCAUUGAAAAGCCAUGGGGACAAGAGUAUUGCUUCAAACCAUCAUGUUCACCAGGAUAUGAGGACAUUCUGUCAUUCUGUGGGCCUCAAUUGUGUUGUGGGACACGUGCUAAAGUGCGAGUAACUGCUGCAGUCAAACCUGGGCUGUUCUAUUGUCAGAUGGCCAGUAUGCAAGCAGAUCUUUGGGAAAUGUCGCAGAAGCUGGCUGCAGUUUGUGAGCACAAAACCAAAGAACGCAAUCAGAAGACUCCAGAAAACUUGGGUUUGCUGUGCUCCGUCAAAGGCAGAGAUGGGAAAUGGUACAGAGGUUUGGUGCAGUUUAUCCCAGUCAGUUCUCAAGUAAGAGUUUUGUUGAUUGACUAUGGAUUCUUUGAAUUGGUCAAAGUUGAGAAUGUCCACAGGUUGCCACCUGAUUUUGUUUCAAAACCCAUCAUGGCAUUCCCAUGUUCGCUUUUUGCCCUGAAUGAUCAGGAUGAGGCAGUCAAAGCUCAGCAGUUGAGUCUUCUAAAGGCAGGCUUGCUUGGAAGGGUGUUAGAUGUGGAAAUCAGAAGUUUUGACGAAGAACAGCAUCUCUACUCUAUCACAGUAAUUGGUGCUGAAGAUACAAAGCCCACUCAAGAGCUUCCUAAAGUCAAUUUUGAGUCCGUUUUUAAAACAAAAGAAUUGUCACCUCAGGGUGGCUAUCUCUACCAUGAGACAGUCAUGUCUGAAGCAUUGGGUAAAACACUGGAAGCAGAAGAGGUGCGGGUAGGCUCUGUCUUUGUGGGCUAUGUCGAGCAUGUUCAGAAUCCACAUCGAUUCUGGAUCCGAACACAAAAACGCAAUGCUGACUUUAAGGAAAUGAUGACAAAAAUGAUGGAUCACUUCAGUCAGGUGAAGCUGGAGGAAGACACACUAUUGAAUCCUGAGCUUGGGACACUGUGCUGUGCACUUUAUGAGGAAGACAUGCAUUUCUACAGAGGUAUAGUGACAGACACUCUUGAGCAUGGAGCUGAAGUUCUGUUUAUUGAUUUCGGGAACAUUGAGAAAGUGCCAUACAUGUUAAUCAAGAAGAUACCUGAGGAAUUUGCUAGCAAAUCAGCAUUUGCCUUCUGUUGUUCACUUGUCAAUGUAUUUCCUCUGGAUGAAGUCUGGACCAGCACAACCUGUGGCUUUUUUAGAAGAGCUGUGUCAAACAAGGCAUUGCUAGUCCAUGUUGUCCAGAGGAGUAAAAACAAAUUUGUUGUUGAUCUCUGUGAGAUGGGAAGUGACAGCAGUCAAACUAUCACUGAGCUCAUGAUCUCUUCACUGCAAGCUGAAUACUGGAACAACAUUCCCAUAAAGACUCUGGUGCAAAAUAACACAGAUAUGACAGACAUAACAAGAUGCACAAGAUGUAGUGUGACAUCAGACAUUAAUGGGAAGACAGAGCAACUGAAGGAUUGUGAGGAAGAAGAGAAAACAUGCAAAACUGGAACCGAGAAGGCCCAAACCCCUGUUCACUUGAAAGUAUUAAACACCAAGCCUGGGUUUGAGUUUGCUGUGCGUUGCUCUUACAUCAACUCGCCAUCAGAUUUCUGGUGCCAGCCCCUUGAUAAGGCUCCAGCUUUGGAGGAACUGAUGGAUAAAGUUCAGCAAUAUUACACAACCCACACAGUACCCCUUAAAUUAGGUGAUUCAUGUUGUGUUGCCAAGUCACCUCAAGAUGGAAGAUGGUACAGGGCAUUCAUCACAGAAAAGCAGAAAGGUCAUGCUAGAGUGAUUUUGUUGGACUACGGCUAUACCAUCCAAGUCGAGGACCACAAUCUUCAGGCAAUAAUGCCAGAAUAUGUAUAUUUGGAAGGACAAGCUUUCAGGUGUAGCCUUUACAACCUGAUCGAACCUGCAGACCCCAAGAACUGUGGAAAUUGGAGCCCAGAGGUGUGUAAAUCACUGAGUGAUUUUGUCUGCAACAGCACCUGUGGACUAAGAUGUAAAGUUUUCUGUCAGUUGAAUGUGAAAAACAAAGGGCUGUGCAAUGUUGUGGACCUCUACAACACCCAAACCAAACAGAGCAUAACAAAUCAGCUCUUGAAGCAGGGCCUGGCAAGAGAAGUUACAAUCUCAACAAAGCAACAGGCGAUAGUGUUUCCAGAGUCCUUUGUCUUCUCUUCAUAUGAUCUAAAUCUUGGAAGUGAAGAAAACAUCUACGUAACUCAUGUAAGCAGUCAGUGGGAAGUUUACUGCCACCUUGAGAGAAACACUGACAUCAUUGAAGAGCUGGAAAACAAAAUCUCAGAGGAGAGUGAGAAAAUGAUGAAAGCCAGUAGAAGAGCUGUUGUGAAGAAGCUGUGCCUGGCAAAAUACUUGGAUGGCAAAUGGUACAGGGGCUUGGCGCAUCCGGUUCAGUCACCUCUGCAUCUCAAUGUGUUUUUUGUGGAUUAUGGAAACACAAACAUAUCUGAGAAAACCCAUGUCAUGUUCAUCCCCAGAGACUCUACUGAUUUGUUGUACACACCAAUGCAGGCUGUGAGAUGUAGCCUUGCUUCAGUGUCCAAGGACGAGCUUUAUACUGAUGUCAAGAAAUGGCUUGGUGAUGCAGUCCUCAACAAGCAAGUGAAAGCCCUCAUAGUUGGAAAGAAUGAGGAUGGUUCAUUUGAUGUUGAACUGUUUGAUGGAGAAAUGAACGUUAAUGAGAAGGUCAAGGAGCUCAUUCUCAGUCUCUCACCGAAACCAAAGACAGAUUUGAGUCUUGUUAUGAGCAGCAUGAGAAAGAAACCUAAAACUAUCAGCACAAGAAACACAGAAACUUCAGUCAAGAGCAGGAGUCAUCCACAAGGGCAUUCUCCAAAUUCUGCUGCAUCAAAAAACCAAAGGAGGACUCAAGUUGGUAGUGAACCACGAAAAAAGAAAGAAAACGCACAAAACUGUGUUCGAGGUAAAACUCAGAGUCAGAAUUCCAAAGUACAACAGCAAAAUAAGAACAAUGCAAAAAGCUAUGUCCCUGAAAAACCUCCCAAAAACUCUCCAGUAAAACAACAAAGAGAGUACCGCGACACAAACACAAAGUCAGAGCGACUACAAUGUACAGAGAAAACGGAGAUCUCUCAGCUUUCAUGUUUGCUGGACAUGAAAGUGACCAAAGGUUCGAGGGCAAUGUGUUUCGUCUCCCACAUUGACUCGGUCAACAGUUUUUUCCUUCAGCUGUCAGAGGAUGAAGCAGCCAUUUUGAAAAUGGCUGAAGAUCUCAACUCAGGUAUCUUUGGAGAUUCCAUAAAGACAACCAAACCUGUGAGAAUCAACGACCUUGUGCUGGCUGAGUAUGAGGAAGACGGUGCUCUUUAUCGUUCUGUGGUGAAGGACUGUGAAGGAAGCUCCUGUUUCAGAGUUGAGUUUGUGGAUUAUGGCAACUCUGCAGUCAUGGGGAAAGAGAAGAUCUAUGCCAUUCCAAAAGAGUAUCUCUCUCAGCCAAGAUUUAGCAUACCAUGCUCCCUGUUGGACACAAGCACUUACCAAAAUGAAGCAUCUUUUACUGAUGCUGUAAUGGGGCAGCCUCUCAUGGUAGAUUUUGUCUGUCAGUAUGAUAGUCAUUGGGAAGUCAAGGUUGAGAUUCUUUGUGGAGCACGUGGUCUUCCACCAUUACUUGAAGCUGCUGUUGAAAGAGACGUGGACAACAAAAAGGAAGAGGAAGCUCUUGCGAGUUCACCUGGAGUUGAAAAGGGAGUGAGAUCCUGUGAACAGAAUUACCAGCGAAAGGAAGUGAGUGAAAAUGAAAUGUCUAAAUCCAAAAGAAAAAAUCCUAUUGCUGACGGUGAAAACGUGCUGAAACCACUACCUGCCACACUGUUGCCCAAACACACACUAACCCGCUGGGGCCGUAGAAGAACACCUGCCAGAAACAUGGACACUUUUAUAAAAAAUCAAAGGAAAACUGUGAAACACUCUGUCAAAGCAAAGCGUGAUUGUGCAGAUACAAUCAUACCUAUGACUAUUCAAGCUAAAGACACAGAGAACUGUACAAUUCUGUCGGUACUCAGUAAUGGUAGUUUUUACGUCAGACUCAAUAGGACCCGUGAACAAUUUUCAGCAUUGGAAAAUGGCAUAGCUGACAACCUGCACAAGUGCAAGAUGGUGGCUGAUGGGGAUGUCAAACAAGACCUCAAGUGCUUAGUUCAGGUACACAGGGACAAGCAGUGGCACAGGGCUGUUGUUCAACAUGUACACCAUGGAAAAUGUGAGGUCCGUCUCAUAGAUCAUGGAUCAGUUGAAGAAAUUCCAAUUUGCUCAAUUAGACAACAGUGCAGCAACCUUAGAAAAAUCCCAAACCUUGCAGUUUUGUGCAAGGUGAGCUGUUCUAGUUUCAGUGAGGAAGAGGAUGCUCACAAUGUAUGGUGUGAAACUCUCAAACCAAUGAUAGGCAAUGAAGUCAAGCUGGUGUUUGUUUGUUAUUCAGAAGCUGAAAAGAUUUGGAAGGUUGAGAUGAUCACGAACAGACUGUUCCUCAAACAUCAAAUCGCAGUCUCUCUGCAGCAGAAUGAAGAGAUGAACCCAUCACCUGCUGAAACCCGACAUGAGAAAGCAGACCGAUCCAUCUCUGAGACAAGCCAGCCUCAGCAGCUUGUCUUUGCUCCUGUUGAUAUAGACAAAGUGUACUCUGGCUUUGCUGCUGCAGUGACAACUCCCUUUGAGUUCAGUGUUGUUCUGGAGGACUCGCUUCUCAUCAUGACCAAAGUGUCUAUAAUGUUGGAUGACAUGUCUAAGCAGCUGUCUCCUCUUCCUGAAGCCCAUCUUGUCCCUGGCGCCUGCUGCCUGUUGAAAUCAGACACCAAGAACAAAUGGUGCAGGGCAGAAAUCGUUCACUCCAACACCACAGUGAUCCUAAACCUGGUGGAUUAUGGCCUUUAUGAAUGCAUACCAUAUGAAAACUGCUCUAACCUUAGAAAACUUCCAGUGGAGAUAAUGAAUCUGCCUAAAGUGACAUACCCAUGCAUCCUCAGAGGGGUGAAGCCAGUACGAGCAGAUGGACAGUGGACUGAUGAAGCAGCAGUCUUCUUCCAGCAGUGUUUGUACCAGAAGAACCUACAGAUCUUCUUCAGAGAGUUUGUGUCAAACACACACUGGAAGGUUGACAUUCUGGCUGAUGACGUUCAUGUCGCCAAGGAGUUGGUGGAUGCUGGACACGCCAGUUACAUCGACAUCAUGCUAGGACUAAGGUUCCAGGAACAGAGCGCCUGUAAAACUGCACUUCCUUUCCCUGAAAGUGAGGAAGAGUAUGAUCAGGAAGAUGAAGCUUCUGACAAGAAGUCCGGUCCCUCUGUUGAGUCUACUGAUGGAGAGAUGUUACUCAGCGUUGCAUCUGGAUCUAAUCACUGUUUUCUGAUGUGAUGACAGUGUGGUUGAAUCUCUAAAAUGCGCAGCGUGGCCCUCCAGAUAACCCAGCGUAUGGUUAAACCAAGUGACAUGCUGAUUGUAAGAUGUUUUGACUUAACAUCAGAACAUCUCAAAAGUUUAAGUGAGAGCUGCAGCUCAACAUAUGUAAGAAUGUGAUUUAUUUGCACUUCAAACCAGAGGUACUACUUAUUAUGUUAGCAUGUAAACUAACUUGUAUUGGAGGAAUUUUUUUAUUUUGUUUUGUUGACUUAAAUCGAAUGCCUUUCUGAAGUGUUAUGAGGUCAACAGCAUGAUGUCAUUUUUGUUAGAGCACAGAGAUCUGCAUUCAUGAACAGUUCAAUAUUUUUAGUCUUCUCUUCUGAUUGAAAUGAGGUGUCCACCUCAGAAGGGUCAUUACAUUAAGUUACGUGUGUUGAUGGAUGUUCAGUUUGUUUUGUGUAUCUGUGCUUUAUGUUUUUUUUUUUUAAAUCGGACAUUAAGACCUGCAUUUUUUGUUAUGAUGAAGUGAGAUAAAGUUGCCAAGCAGACAUUUUGAUUAAUUUUACAGUAUUAAGCUUUUAAAAGACAUUUCUAAAUAGGUCUUUGUUAAUUUUGAGUUGUUGUGCAAAAUAUUAUUUUCUAGAUAAAUAAUAAAAAGAAGGAAAUACCUGUUAAUGAUGGUUUAGUUUGAACCUUUUAUAGUUAGUACCUAAAUUGUGUUGAAUACAUUUUAAGUGAAAUGAGGCCUUUCCAGGUGGAAAUUUUAAAAGAAAUUUGAUACCUAUUUUGCUCUCAUAUGAUUGGUUCUUUUAGCUGCUGGGUUCAUGAUGGCUGUGGGAAAACUGAAAUGGAGUAGAGUAUUUAUCCUUGUGGGUGCCUAAUUCAUUCCUGCAGAUUACUGCAAAAUCCACAUCAAGUCCUGAUGUUGCCCCUCCUGAAAUUGCUGUUUGUGUUUUACCUCUGGAGAGCGCUGUUGAGCCAGGACUGUUUCAGAGAAAGUGUUGGAAGCUUAUUGUGCAUCCUUUAACAAGUGUGCAACCAGUAAUGAUUGGCUGUUUAUAAUGAAGUGUAGUUGUUUACUCUGUGGAUGGAAAACUGAAAGUACUCUGUGAGGAACAAUAAGGGGCGUUCUAAUAAUACAAAAAAAAAGAGCUUUUUGGCUGUCAUUAAUUUCCUGAAGUGUAAACAGACUACUCAGAAUAAGCUAGGGAUAUUGGGAUAUUUGAGUGUAUAUCUUGAUUGUUUAUUGUGUGCCAUAUCUUGAUAUUUAUUCCAUGUUGUGUGACUGUUUUUCUUCUCCAAAAAUAAUGUGACACAUUU